AAUCAAAAACGGUAUGUCGUUUACGGGGCUACUAGCUCAGAGCACACUGCGACAGAAAUUCUAAGCUCCGAUGAAACCGAGCGAAGAACACGGGCGUCAACACGCCCCCACAAAGAUCCUGCUGACAUCGAUCUCAGCAAUGGUCGCCGAAACGACGACGUUUCCGAUCGACCUAGCAAAGACGAGGCUCCAGCUCCACGGCGAGUCGCGGGCUCUGGGCUCGACCCGGCCCACCAACGCGUUCCGGGUGGCCUCGGAAAUCGUGCGCCGGGAAGGCCCUCUGGGACUGUACAAGGGUCUGUCUCCGGCGAUCCUCAGGCACAUGUUCUACACGCCCAUUCGCAUCGUCGGCUACGAGCACCUCAGAAACUCUUUGACAACCGAUGGUGGGUCCCUCUCUCUCCCCGCUAAAGCCAUCUCCGGCGGACUCUCCGGCGUCGUUGCUCAGUUGGUGGCAAGCCCUGCAGAUCUUGUAAAGGUGAGGAUGCAAGCAGAUGGUCGUUCUGUGAGCCAAGGCUUUCAACCUAGGUACUCAGGGUGUUUUGAUGCUUUAAGCAAGAUCACCCGAGCAGAAGGUGUUGGAGGACUUUGGAAAGGGGUUUUCCCUAAUGUUCAAAGAGCUUUCUUAGUGAACAUGGGAGAAUUAGCUUGCUAUGAUCAUGCAAAGCGUUUUGUUAUCAGUAAUCAGAUUUCUGAGGAUAAUAUAUAUGCCCACACAUUAGCAUCAAUUUUGUCAGGGCUUUCAGCGACUGCUUUGAGCUGUCCGGCAGACGUGGUGAAGACGAGAAUGAUGAAUCAGUCGGAAAUCAAGGUAGGGAAGAUUAUGUACAGCAGUUCUUAUGACUGUCUUGUGAAGACUGUCAAAGUUGAAGGUCUGAGAGCACUAUGGAAAGGAUUCUUUCCUACAUGGGCACGACUUGGACCUUGGCAAUUUGUGUUCUGGGUCUCGUAUGAGAAGUUUCGACAAAUUGCAGGGUUUUCUUCAUUCUGAUGAUGAACCUUUGAUCAACUCGCAGUUUACAAUUUCAA